AUGGCACGAGAGCGUAAGGGUGCCUCUCAUUUCACGAUUGUCAUCAAGCUCGGUACCUCCUCCAUCGUACACGAAAAGACCCACCAGCCCCUCCUAUCCACGCUCUCCGCAGUCGUCGAGACAGUCAUUGAGCUCAAGCGGCAUGGACACAAGGUUGUGCUCGUCAGCUCAGGCGCAAUCGGCGUUGGGCUAAAACGCAUGGACAUGGAGAGUCGGCCGAAGAGUCUGUCGGGGAAGCAGGCGUUGGCGGCGAUUGGCCAGGGGAGGUUGAUUGCGUUGUGGGAUAAUUUAUUUGGCCAGCUUGAGCAGCCGAUCGCGCAGGUGUUGUUGACGAGGGGAGAUAUUUCGGAUAGAACGCGAUAUUUGAAUGCCGUCAACACGUUCAGAGAGCUCCUGUCGAUGGGGGUUGUGCCGAUCGUGAACGAGAACGACACGAUCUCCGUCAGUGAAAUCAAAUUCGGAGACAACGACACGCUAUCCGCCAUCACAUCGUCGAUGAUUCAGGCAGACUAUCUGUUCCUGCUAACGGACGUCGAUGGUCUCUACACUUCGAAUCCACGGAAAGACCCUGAUGCGAAGCAGAUCGAGGUUGUUAGCUCACUUGCCGCGAUACGGGCUCAAGUCAGCACGACAACGCUCGGCUCAAGCCUCGGUACAGGCGGGAUGGAGACGAAGCUCAUCGCAGCCGAGAUCUCGACAGCUGCAGGUGUGACGACGGUCAUUACCUCCAGCAAGCACCCAGAGGACAUCUUCAACAUCAUAGAAUACGACCGACAACUCAGGCACCCCUCCGAGCUUACCACUACCUCCCCAUCCACGUCCACCUCAACAACUCCAUCCCUGCCUCGCCCGCCCCACACCGUAUUCCUCCCUUCUUCCGAGCCCGUUCGCGACCUCAAGUCAUGGACAUCACAUACGCUGAACCCAUCCGGCAGCGUCCUCAUCGACGCCGGCGCACACCACGUUCUAUCGAAGAGGGAAUCGGGUGGCCGCCUCCUCGCUGCUGGUGUGAUAGGCGUCAUUGGUGCGUUUGCAGCGGGCCAGGCGGUAAGAGUGGUCGUGAGACGGGGCAGGGUUGGGCAAGAGCAGAGGGAAGAGGAGAGGAAGGCGUAUUUGAGGGCACUGGAGUUUACGAGGCCGAGUACGCCUACGACGGCUGCAUUGGCGGCUGAGUUGGAGGCAGAGGUAGAGGGUGCGAGCGAGGAGCCGGAGGGGGACAGUGGGAAGGUCAGGAUACAGGUCCCUGAGGCGGAUGGGGAUAUCGAGGAGCAAGAGGGCGAGAUUACGGAGGCGGAUGUGAUUGAAGUUGGACGAGGGCUGGCGAAUUACAACUCGGCGCAGAUCCUGGCGGUCAAAGGGUUGCAUAGUUCAUUCUUGCCGCAGGUACUGGGUUAUGCAGACUCGGAAUACGUUGUCGAGAACAUCACCAUUCGGAACCCUCUGCAGACUCCGCCAUCAGAAAUGCAUGACAAGUUCAUGAUUCAUCCCUCGCUAGGGAUUGACUAG